UUCUCACUCCAUAGCGUUUUUGGUUCUUCUUCUUCAAUCUUCAAUCUUCAUUCUUCAGUCUCCGUUGUUUCUUCUCAGUGGUAAUUACCUAUGCAAGACCCUUCUAGAACCGCCACCGGCUACCCAGCCCCACUCUUCCACCACCAAAACGGCGGCCAACCGCCGCCGCCACCACCCACCGCGUAUCCCUACGCCGCUCCCCAAUACUACAACACCAAUCAACCCUCCUACGCCUCACGCUCUUUCUUCCGCGCGUUCUUCGCCACCAUGAUAUGCCUCGCCGUUAUCUUCGGCGUUAUCCUCAUCAUAACCUGGCUCGUCCUUCGCCCCUCCCUUCCAAACUUCACACUCAACUCCCUCUCCCUCACCAACUUCUCCACCACCACCCAAUCACUCUCCGCCACGUGGCACAUCGCUUUCCUCGUCCGUAACGGCAACAAGAAGAUGACCGUUACCUACAACGCCCUCCGUUCCUCCGUUUUCUACCGCUCCGAUUACAUCGCCGAGUCGCAGCUCGCGCCCUUCAAGCAGGACACGAAGUCGCAGACCACUCUCAACGCGACUCUCUCCGCCGCCAACGCUUACGUUGACCCGCGCGUCGUCGAUGAGCUUAACGGUGAAAGGGCGCGUGGUUCCGUUCUCUUCGAUGUGCAGGUUUUGGCUUCAACUUCGUUUCGCUCUGGUUCCUGGAGGUUCAGGACGCGUGUGCUUAAGGUUCUGUGCCGGAAAGUCCCCGUUGGCAUUUCGAUGAACGCAACUUCCGGCGAAUUGGUGGGUGGAGCCAGGGAAUGCCAGGAAAAUUGAUGUGAAUUGGAGCAAGAAUGAAGUUAAAAGACAUGGAGUACAAGAUAGAAUAUCAAGGAAGUCCAUAUCCAGAAGAAAAUUCAAGACUGGAAGAGGCGCUUUAGCACCCUCCAACG